AUGUUAUGGAGGGAUCGGUCGGACAACGCACGCUUCGUGCAGUGGGUCAGGCGGGGUUCUAGGAAUGUGUCGUUAAAUGGUCGAUCUCCUGGAAUUCACGGCUGCUCCAAAGCAGAGAGUGGUAAGAGCCGAAAGGAGCGGAAGAAGAGCGAGGAGACCAGUGAGCGCCUUCCUUUCGUCAGCAGCACUGCCAACAUCAACAAGAACACCAUCUCGGGCUUCCAUGCCUUCACAGCGCUGCUAAGGAAUCUAAAUGCCCGCUCUGCUGGCGACAUUGCGAAUAUUGAUCUUGAGGCAGAGCGGGCAGCCGAAGCGGAGGAGAAGCGCAAAGCAGAGCAGGCAGAGAUUGAACGCAUGACGAGGCUCACGAUGCUGGCCUCCAGCGCUCUGACCGAGCAAACAGACCAGGACCUGCAGCACUUGGUCAAUGUCACACCGCCCCGCUUGCCCGAGUUCUGUCGGCGCGGGCGCGGAGGACAAUGGGGCGCUCAGCGACAUGCAGAAGCGGACUCGAGGGACGAGGGCGUUUCUCACCUAGUUGCCUGCAAUGUCCACUAUCGCUGGAGGUCGACACUAGUCGUGCAGAAGACAGGUUGCCUCACCAGACCUGAAGCCGAGACCGUCAGGAAGAGGGAGGAUGCAGCUAUCCAGCGAGUAGCCGUCGUGGCCGCUUACACCACUCGCACGUGUUCUGUUCGGCAGUUCAUUGAUGUCGGUCAUGUCCAGGACGUCGCAGAGCUUCUUCGACCCCCGGACUUUGGGCUGGUAGUCGAGCGCUUCCAUUGGGCUGGUGACUGUUCGUCGACUUCCUCCAAAGUUCUGCUGAAGUUGCAUAUGCCGAUCGAAAUGCAAGAUCCAUUCGGUGCCGGGCUUCUAGCCCGAAUGACAUUGCAGACUACAUUGGCCGCAAUCACACCCAUGACAGCACUGACUGACGGAUACUUGGGAGUGCGAAAGAAGCUGAACCACUUGUACUUGUGCACUAUGCCGCUAUGCCAUGCAUCGCCAGGCUUCAUGUCACGCCUAGUUGUGCGGACGUGUUUGGAAGAAAAGCCUUUCGUGCCUCCAGGCCUCUACGAGCUUCUCACGUCUUUGUUCUACAUGACGAUUGAUGAGGCCGUGAUCAAGAAGCUCGUCAAGGAAAUCACACCCUUCAGUGCCUUGGAGAAGCAGGAGCUGUACGACUUUCUGCGCAAGUACACCCAGUACGAGCGAGACUACAUCAGGAAGGUGUUCCAAGAAUUUGACGAAGACGGCUCCGGCGAGUUGAACACCAACGAGGUCCAGGCGGUGUUGGAGGCCAUCGGAUGCUCACCAUUUCGUGGGACGCUCCAAAGGCUGAUCGAGGCAGUUGACGUGGACCAUUCGCAAACCCUGGACUUCAACGAGUUCUUGUCGCUGCUGCUAGUUUAUCGCCAGACCGAUGGAUUCAGCCACAAGGAAGUGCGACAGCUGUACCGGACCUUCUGCCGCUUUGCGGUCGAGGAUCCGCAAAGCAAGACGAAGAAGGUCCCCGAGCACCGCCUCACUGCAGCGCUGAUUUUCGAGUUCGGAGCCCAGGCGGCAGAGCUGGCCAGGAGACUGGCGUCGUCCACGACAUCCAAGAUCAUGAAAAAGGGCAGAUCGCCUUGGAAGCUGGCUGCUGCCAGCAUCCGACCAGCUCUGGGCGAGGAGAGAGGCACAGGCCUCACCUUCCGGCAGUUUACUGCGUGGUCUCGCCGCAUGAAGGAAGCCGAGAUUGCAGAAUAUGUGCGCCAGUUCAAAAAGUUUGACCAGAGCGGCGACGGCGUUCUGGAUCGUGCAGAGGUGAAGACGCUGCUGGCAGAGAUGGGUUACACGCCCAUGCGGUCCAACGUGGACGAUCUUUUCGAGGCAGUAGACACGGACGAAGACAAUACCAUCAACCUGGAGGAGUAUUUGGAUGUCAUGGACUACUUCAAGAAGUGGGAUGGGUUUACUGGCGAUCAGGCGGAGGAGCUGCAGAAUCUGUUCAACAGGUACAAGGACAGCAAUGGCGAAAUCUCGUCCAUUCAGAUUUUGGACAUAUUCAGAUCCAGGGGCGUCAAUGUCAGCUUGCGCAAGAUUCAGCAGCUCGUUGCCAAGGUGGAUGUGGACGGAACGCACUCAGUGGACCUCAAGGAGUUCCUACGCCUCAUGCGCCUGCAAAGGGAGAGCGAGUUGACGGAUGCCAAGGAGGCCUUCUUCCUCACCCUCCAGGAGACUCUGCCCGCAGAGGAGUUCGCCAAGAUUGAAGACUCUGAGAGCCUCACGAUCCGCCCUGAAGACUUGAUGAUCCCAGUGCACAUCCUGAACAUCCAGACCGACUCACGUGAGCUCAAGCGCCUAGCUCCAAAGUACACGGAAGAUGGCAAGGUUGACUUCGACAACCUUGUAGGGUUGAUCGAUGAACUUCGGCGGCUGCGACACGCUGAGAGCCGCAAGCAGGCAAGCUACACUGAAGAGGAGAUUCGGGAUUUUCGGAGGGCCUUCGACGAGUUCGAUGCCGACCACAGCGAUGAGAUCGAUCGAGACGAGCUGGCUGCCUUGCUAAAGCCGCUGGGCUUGGAGCUGAAGACGAAGGAUGACCAGAAGCGUCUCAUGAAUCUGCUCAAUGCUGCCCGUGCCUCCGCAGCGGAGAGUGGCGUGGAUGCGGUGCAAUGUGGCAAGAUGAACACUGCCGUCGUCCGCUUUCCUGUGUUUGUCCACAUGUGCCGACUCCUCCAGCGUGAGAAGGAGGCCAAAGCCCUUGCCGAGGAGGAGGCGGAGGCUGCACGGUUGGGCUUCACCGAGCCACAGAUCAAGAAGCUACACUCCUCAUUCUGCUUGUGGGCUGCACGGACCGAUGAAGAGGCCAAAGAAAGAAAUGAGGAGGUCAAGCGCGAGAAAGACAUCUUAAAGGCGUUCAAUGAGCUGGCCACUCUGCCUGUGGACAGCUUCUGCGAGUUUCUGAAGCAAAUGAACUCCAGGCUGUCUGACACCGACCUGGAGCAUCUUCGUAAGCUCCUGGCAGCUCUCAGAGACGUUCAGGCACAAGGUGACGCUGCUCUGCUCCACGAAGUUGCAUCCCUUCCGAUGACGAACGAUCAGGAUGGUGUCAUCCGCGCAGAGCUUCGGGAGGUUGGCUUUCCGCUUUUUGUGCGCUGCUUGCGAUGGAUGAUUGCCAACGACUUCUCUGACUCCCAAGAGGUCAUCAAGCUCUAG